CCCCCUCCUCCUGCUCCUCCGCCCCCCCCCCCCUUCCUCCUUCCUCCUCCCCCCCUUUGCCCUUCGCUCCCAUACGACACCCAAGCUUCCACCGAUCAUGCCUGUCCGCUCGGCCCCCAGCCUCGUCCGCGCGAUGGCCCUCCCCCAGGUGACCCUGGAGGACAUGAGCCUCGUCGCCGAUGGGUCUGCCUUGUCGGAGAUGAUCUACUCGCUCGACUACCCUGCUGCCACCCCCUCGCCGCGCCCGUCCGCCGUGAACUCGCGCAAGUUCUGCGGCUACGAGGGCGAGCGCACCCUCGACAAAAUUGUCUGGUUUUUGGACAUCCUGGACAGCUCCUCGAUCAAGCUCACCCUGGUGUUUGAUGGCCCGAAGACCUCCUUCUUCACGCAGAACUCCGGCCCCUCGCAGACCAGCCGCCGGGUGCAGCGCAUCUCCGACGGCAUCGAGUACCUGGCCUCCCGGCGCUCGGUCUACCUGAAGCAGUUCAAGUCCGGCCGGCGCUUCAGCGCGUCGGUCCUUUCUCGUGAUGCCCUUGGCGAUCUCAUCUCCGCCGAGGACUCCAAUGAUGUCAUCAUCUCCGAUGAGAGUUUCUACGAGCAAUGCUCUCGCACCCCCUUCCUCUUCACCACGGAAAUGCUUCGCAAUGAGGCCGGCUCGCGUGGCCACCGAAUCAUCACCUGCCCCACCGGCCGGACUGCCUCCUACUCCAUUGGCAUCGCCACAAAGGCCGGCGUGCCGCUGCUCGGCCUCUCCAGCGACUUUUUCUUCAGCCAAUAUGGUUGCUUCACCGACGUCACGGUGACCACAUCUCCCACGGAUGGCACGCAUUCCCUGGCCGGAGCCUUCGUGUCACGGUCCAUCGUGGCCGACUUCCUGAAGCUCCCUUGCGAGUCGCUGACGCUCCUGCUCUUUGGCCUGCUCGGCACCGGGAACAUGACGCGCAGCCAGGUGGCCGACAUCCGCCGGCUGACCGGCCUGGUGGACUUCAUGCCCGUCGUCGAGACAACCAACAAUGAGGAAGUUUCCCAGCCCCUGGCUCCUUCCACCCUGCGAGCCUUCCUCGGCCGCCUGCCCGGGGCCGGGAUCACCACCUUCGAGUUGGCCCUGCUGCGUCUGGCCACCGGCCGUCCGCUGGCCCUGCCCCAUGGCGCCGACACCGAGGCCCACUUUGCCGGGAACUAUGCCCUGCACUUUGGCACGGCCAACCCCGACACCGCGCGCAUCGUGGCCCGGUCCCUCUUCAAGCUGGCGGCCUCCUUCUGCCCGGGGCUGGCCCCGUCGCCGGAGCUGGCCGGCGCUUUGCACCUGGAUGCCGGGCAAUUCCCCAUCACCGUGGUCGGCGGGCAUUGCUACCAUGCCGGCCUGCCGGACCUGGUGGCUCGGUACCUGUGGAUUCACCCCAUUUUCCAGUCCCUCAGCCAGGCGGAGCGCGAUGAGCUGAUCGUGGCCCAGCCCUCGGGGCCGGACUCCGGCUCGGGGGCCCCCAGCGCCGCCGGUCCCCCGGCCGCCAUGACGGCCUCCAGCAAGCUGGUCACCAUCAUCGAGUCGCUCCUGAGCCCGCAGGCCGUGGCCCUCGAGGCCGCCGACGAUGGGCCCUCCUCCGCCGGGGGCGGCAUGGCCCAUAUCACCAUGGCCGGGGCUUCGCCGCACCUGGUGGCCACCAUUUGCGAGAUCCUCACCUGGUCUUUGCCGGUGAAUGCCGACGGCGAGGUUGUCCUGCCGGCCUUGUUCGAAACCUCCCUCGUUCCCUCCGGCUGGAAGAUGACCCAGCUCACCCGGUCCAUUGCGUAUGAUACGCUGAAUGGCCCGGCCUCCGCCCCGCCGGCCGGCGCCACCGGGCCGGUCAGUGCGGCCGAUGCCGCCGCCCUGGCAGCGGUCCCUCCCUCGUCCGAGACCUCCCCCCGGAUGCUGGUGGAGCUGAUCCGCGUGGACGCCAGUGCCCGGCCGGGGGAGUUGGUCCUGCCACAUCCGGUCCCCCCCUCGCCGGUGGCCACCGCGGUCAGCACCCCCUCCGGCUCGCCGUCGCCCUUCCUCUCGCACCAACAGCAUUCCGCCUGGGCCGGCAGCGGUGCCAACAUGGCCGGGGCUUUUGCUGCCCACCUGCAGCAGCGUGACGCCCGGCCGGUGGACCGGUUCUGGGCGGCCCUUUCCGAGCUCGGGGUCCUGGCCGAUGGGUGCACUGAGUCGUUGGCUGCCCUGCGCUUCUUCCGCCCGGAUGGCGGGGACUUCCGCUUCUUCGCCGACGAGGCCGAGUCCUCGCCCUCCUGCGUGGCCUACUCUUCGACUCAGAUUUCCGCGGCCCCCGCCUCGUGUGGCAGCGUCGUCAUGAUGUCGCACCAGCGCCAGCAGCAGCAGCAGCAGCAGCAGCAGCAGUCCUCCUCGGCGCCGCGCUCCUCUUCGAUGGCGGCGGCGGCGGCGGCGGCCACGGCCCCCCUGGCUUCGGGCCUUCCGGCGGCGGCCCACCUGAUGACCAUGGCCCCGGAGGCCCUUCCCCGGACCCUGUACGCGGUGCAGUCGGGCCUGGUGCCGGACACGGCGCCGGGCUUUGCCUCGCCGGCCGAGCAGGCCUCCGACGCCCUUGGCGCCGGGAUUUCCGAGCCGGCGGCCCCUCGCCUUGCCACCUCGCUCGGCAUCACCACCGGCACCCCGAGCGCCGGGGUCGAGGCUGUCCUGAGUGAUGAUGACUUUGACACCGGCAGUGCCGGGGCCAGUGUCGACUCGCUGGUGGCGGCUUUCGGCGGCGGUGGGCCGCUGGUCCGGUCGCCUUCCAGCUCCUCGUCCGACUCGAUCGAGCCCAUGGACUCUCCUUUGGCCGUUCUCCGGUCGCUGUCCCUCUCCAUGAGUGACCUUUGCCCGGAUGCCGAGGGGAACAUGACCGCCGCUUCGGCCGCCCUGCUGGCCGCCGGCAGUGCCUUUGCCUUUUCGCCGGCCGAGACCAUCCUCGAUGGCAUGCCCGGUGUCACCACCAUCGAUGGGGCCUCCUCUUCGGCCCCGGCCACGGCCCCGAGUGUGGCCGUCACUCCGACCGUGGACAUUGUGGUGGCCGUCGACUCGGCGGAUGACGGCCCGGCCCCGGCUCCGGCCCCGGCCCCGGCUCCGGCCCCGGAGCAGCGGCGCCUCUCGCGCCUGGACUCGGCCCAGCAGGCCGGCUUUGCCACCUUCCUCCUGUCGCCGCAGAUGCUGUCCUCGCGUGGGCGCUCGCGCUCGCGCAGCCCCUCGCGCGAUCGGGCCGGCAACCUCGCCGAUGGCCACCUCAUCCUGGCCAGCCCGCGCCUUGGGGCCUGUGACUUCCUCCAAGAUCCGGUCACCUUGCGGCUGAUGGUCGGUCUCAUCCGCAGCACGCUGACCUCCUUCCGGGACAACCAGGCCCUCUACGACCAGGUGACUCCGCACGACUACCGCACCGGGUCGAAGCUGUCCCUCUCGGGCCCGGCGAAUUUCUCGCGCGGCGCCUCGACCGUGUCGCUGACCGCCACGCCGGCCGGCGGCCAUGCCAUCGGGUCUGCCCUGCUGCAGCAGCCGCCCGCGCAUCACCAGCAUUCGGCUGAUGGGGGGUUCGCGUCGAACUUCUCCUCGCCGGGGCUCGUGACCGCUCCCUGCUCGGGGCCCGGGUCGGCGGCGGCCUCUCCGUCGGCCGGGCUUGCUGGCGGGGACCUGGCAGCCGGCACUACCGGCGCCGGGGGUGCUGCCAUGGCUUCUCCCCGGACCGCCGGCGCCGGCGCCGCCGGGGGCCCGAACUUCGGUACCUCCUCCUGGGUGGCCCAGAUCCUGCUCCUGGUGGCGGCUCUCUGCCCGCUGGAUGACUCGUCGGAGGAUUUCGAGACCGGUGUUCUCAUGGUGGAUGUGCGCGAUACGCUGCUGUUUUCCCUGCUCCAGGCCCAGCUCUUCUCCAUCCGCAUGCUGGCCUCGUCGCUGUGUGUCCCGACCCCCGGGCGGUGGGUCAGCCUGGAGUCCGGCCGGCCGGUGCUCAUGUCCAGCUCCGGCCAGCCGGCCUACGGGCCUGGCGACAGCCCGACCGAUGCCGAUCGCAUCAUGAUGGCCUUCUCGUCGAUCUACUCGUCGAUCAGCUUCCGUCGCUUCUGCCGGGCCCGGAUCCUGAUUGAGCGCAAUCAGGAUGUCUUCCUCAAGAAGGCCGGCCAGAUGCUGAUGUCGGCCCUGAUCGACUCGGUCCGCGAGACAGCCACCGCCACGUCCAGCGGCUGCGGCAGCAGCCUCAACUGCAGCCCCUUCAUCUCCUCCUCGACGGGGGCCGCCAGCGGGCCGGCCGACUCGGCCCUGCCCCAGCAGCACCAUGGGUCGGCCACCGCCGGGGCCACUGCAUGCGCCUCCAUGCGCCUGCCGCGUCCCCUGUCGGCCGUCGCCGAGUGCGAUUGAAAGGUCCUCUCCGCCGUCGCCCGCGUCGCCACUGCCGGCCGCCCCCCCCCCCC